CACGAUCAUAACCACAACAAUACGACAUAACGAUGAGACCACCACCGACUUUGUUUUCAAGAGCGUUGAAUGUGGCGAGAGUUCCGUGGACCUGUGUGCAGUGCACCACCACGAAGGCCAUAGCGACACCGUACAGCGCCUUCAAGACGACGUCCAGACAGCAGUUCUUCUCCAGCACGCCACUACGGAAACAAUCCACCACCACCAUACCGCCGACAGCAACAGUGCCACAAACAUCACGACCCAACUACCGACCGCAGUACCGGCAACGAAACCAAGACUUACUGUACUACACACUGAGUCUCGGAAUCGCAACGCUCACGCUCGCGUACGCCUCUGUCCCGCUCUACCGGGCAAUCUGCCAACGCACCGGCUUCGGCGGCGUGCCAAUAACCGACCAAACCCGCUUCACGCCGGACAAGCUGAUUCCUGUGACGGCGGCGUCUCGGAUCCGCGUGACCUUCUCCUCCAGCGUGUCGGACGUGCUCGAAUGGAAGUUCACACCGCAACAGCGCGAGGUGCGCGUGCUCCCCGGCGAGACGGCGCUCGCGUUCUACACCGCUACGAACAACAGCAAGGAGGAUAUCAUCGGCGUCGCGACGUACAGUGUCACGCCGGGCCAGGUCGCGCCAUAUUUUAGCAAGAUCCAGUGUUUUUGCUUCGAGGAGCAGAAGUUGAAUGCCGGAGAGACGGUCGAUAUGCCCGUCUUCUUCUUCAUCGACCCCGAGUUUUGUGACGAUCCGGCUAUGAAGGGAAUCGACACCGUUACGUUGAGCUAUACGUUCUUCAAGGCGAAGUACGAUGACAAUGGGAAUGUGAGGCCACUACCCGUGAGAAACUCGGCCACUUGAGGAGGAGGCUAGGUUGUAUAAUAGACAUGACGGAGUUGUACGAUAUUUAGACCGGCUCUGGGAGACUGGGACUCGGAGUCUUGUAUAUAGAAAAUGAGGCUUGAUGCAAGAUCACAUGACGUCACUCGUCAGAUGCCACACAAGUGCGGCUCCAAAGUGACGAACCAGCCACUUAUGCAGCUCGCCUAAUUUCAGAGUUGCGCAUUGAAACUGGG